ACACUGCCCCUGAACGUAGUGGAGGUAAGACAACAGUAGCCCACAUGCAGGAAAUACUGGCUUGGAUAGAAAUGCACCAGAUGAACUCCAGAGCUGAUUGAACGCACUGCCACAUUUGAGAUUGGCAACUCCGAGUCUCCAUCAACCUCACUGUGAAUGGAAGCCUCAGAGAAGAAAUUCAAGUGGGAUGAGGAGUGGAACAUCUCCUUGGCAGGUUGUGGAUUCCGGAGUGUUUACCACCUGGGAGCCCUGAGCUGUAUCCUCGAGCGGGUGCCACAGCUGGUUCUCGGCGCUUCUAAGAUCUGCGGCGCUUCAUCUGGCUGUCUUGUUGCCGCAGCUCUGACUGUUGGGAUUCCCAUCGAACAAUCCUGUGCUCACGUGUUGACUGUGGCGAGAGAGGCCAGAAAGCACACGCUGGGAGUUCUCCACCCGACGUUCGGCCUGCUGCAGAGAGUCCAGGAAUCCCUGCUGGAGACGCUGCCCGAGGACGCCCACCUCCGGGCCUCUGGAAAGCUCUGCGUGUCCCUCACCAGACUGGCUGAUGGGAAGAACAUUUUGGUGUCGGAGUUUGACAGCCGAGAGGAGCUCAUUCAGGUUCUCAUGUGCAGCUGCUUUUUCCCCGUUUACUGCGGUUUCUCUCCACCUUCGUACCGUGGAGUGCACUACGUGGAUGGAGCCCUGAGCAACAACAUGCCCCUGUUCGAGCAGAGGAACACCAUCACCGUGGCCCCAUUCUCCGGCGAGAGCGACAUCUGCCCCAGAGAGGGCACAUACAACUUCUUCGAGGUGCACUACGGAAACGUCAGCAUCCAGAUCAACAUGGGCAACGUGCACCGCAUCUGCACAUCCUUCCUCCCUCCGAGGCUCGAGAAAUUGGCUGAGAUCUGUCACGAUGGCUACAUGGAUGCCCUUUGUUUCCUGAGAGAAAAAGAUCUGCUCGGGACGCAGCGUCUCCCCCAGAGUUUGGAGGCAGGUACGGACACACUCGAACCUGCUUGUGGUGAGUUGGUGAAGGAAGCGGCUCAGGUCUACGAGCCCGAGAAGACUCAGCUGACUGGACCGAAUCCUACACAAGAGAAGGACUGCUGGCUGGACCAGAGAGUCGUGGAGAACCUCCCCCAGGACUUCAAGAAAAUCCUGUGUGAGGCUUGCAGGGAGGGUCAUGACAGUGUCAGCUGGUCGUCUCAGCUCACCGAGUUCCUUCCAGUCAAAGUGGUUUUGUAUCUGCUCACCUUCCUCCUGCUGCUCCCCAUCGAGCUGACACUCUUACUCACCAAAAGUGUGAUACAGUCGGGCUGUACAGUCAUUUUCAGUUUGUUGACUUCAGCCACAGAAUCCUGCAGCGGAGGCAAGAACAACAGCAGCAGGAUGAUGCCCCCGCUUGGCAUUCAUUCCUGUCUCCCAAGCAGCGGUGAAGCAGCUCCUCCGGCUCAGAUCUCAGAAACCAGACAGGAGGAGGAGGAGGAGGAGACAAAAACAUUCAAACUUUGACCUCAACAAUCACCCCGGUUUCCAACAAGAGUCUCCACUGGGACCUCGACCUUCUCUCCCUCACCUCCACUUGUACAGUUUUGCCCAGCCUCCAAACGCCGAAUUUGCCUCAAUGCGGCAAAAUGACUUUAAACCACCGAAGUGAGGGGACACAUCAACCAUAGCCCAUGCAGAAAAAACAACGACAUUGUCGCUCGUGACUUAGCAAAGCUAUCUUAAAACUUCAUGAGUGUGCCGUGCAUUUUGAGUGACAACCAGAGUUGGUUACCAUGGAUAUCUGCUAAAUACAUUUCUUUUUUCCCUCGAGCCCGUGUGAAAACAACUGAACCUAAAAGAAAGGCCUAAAACACGACGUGGCCCGCGGCUUCCACAUAGGAUGAGUGGAGAAGUGUUUGGUAGGGCAUCGUACAAACCCUUGCAAGAAUUAAUUUGUAUUCAUAUGAAGCUUUUUCAACUUUCUAAGUUGAGUAUGUUACUGUUGUAGUGUUUAAUGUGUGUGCAGUAUUUCUUUGCAUGUAGUUCGUCAGAGGGAGGAACACGUCCCUGUUAUGCUGCUGGAGAGUUCUUGAGGCACUGAAAUCUUUACCUGUCCACGAACUCAGUUUGACCUUUGAGAGGCAGAAAGAUUGAUUCAAUUUAAAGGGCCCAUAUUAUGCUCCAGGCACCUCUUCAGCUGCCUCCACGUAUAUCUUGUUAUCUGGGGUGUCUGCCAGCCCACGAAGAAUGAAAAGAAAACAAUGAGUCGUUGAUUCGUGG